AUGGUGGUGCUCAAGGUCAUCAACACCGCCGUCAAGGAGCGGCUGCUCGAUCUCCGAGGUUCGCCGCGCCACGCCCCAUGCUCCCUUCCGCUCACCCAUGGGUCCCUCCUCCCCCAUCCACCCCCCACAUCGGCGUCUAAGGUUCUUUGCUUCGCUGCUGCAGGGAGAGAGAUGAGUUCAAUCGAGGACCUCGGCGGCACCGAGGACGAAUUCGAUACGAUUGACCUGUCAGAAAACAUGAUCGCCAAGCUUGAGAACUUUCCUUGUCUGAAUCGCUUAGGAACUCUAGUUGCUAGUGACAACAGAAUCAACUACAUCUGUUCAAAUAUUGGUGAACUUCUGCCAAAGUUGCAUACAUUGGUGCUCAUGAGCAAUGAUAUCACAACUCUUGCGGAGAUUGACCCUCUUGCUGCUCUCCCAAACCUGAAAUCUCUCUACUUAUUAGAGAAUCCUGUCACUGAGACGGCAGACUACCGGUUAUAUGUGAUCCACAUGCUGAAACAUUUGAUGUCACUGGACUUCGAGAAAGUGAAACCACAGGAGAGAACCACAGCAGAAUAUAAGUUCCACUCGAAGGAGGCACGGGAAGAGGUAAAGAAGACAUCUGCCAAAGCUUAUACUCCAAUGAAGCCAGUGGGUGCUCAAUAUAUAACAGAGAAGUCAUGCCCUAAAGCAGUCUCUCCAGUACCAUCUAUAAAGGCUGCUAUUGCGAGCUCUCAGACACUAAAGGAAAUUGGCAAGAUCAAAACUGUAUUGAGCACUGGCCAGAUGGCUGCUGAAUUUGCUUUCUUCGAGCCUGAAAUUGAUAUGGCUGAAGCCUUGGAGAAAACUGAUAAGAUAAAGGGUCAGAAUCACGAGAAUAGGGCUGAUGAGCAGAUGAGCAAUGAAGAAAGCACCCUAAUUCAAGAGGUAAAAGUCAGCAUGUUGAACAACUGGAUGAUAGAUAUAGAUCAGGAAAUCUUUGGAGCUGGUCCAGAUUCAAUAUAUGUAACUCAACCAAGACAUAUGGAAGAAUACAGUAUGAUUUCUGUUUUAACAUGUUGCAUCCUUAAUGUAUACAAGAACUUCCAACAAACACCGUUCAGAUUUAUCUUGAGCUGGAGAAAAAGACUUUUUAAAAAAAUGCACAUAUUACCACUGCCUCGGAUGCAAAUAUCAGCACACACGUGGACUUUAAACUACAUUAUCUAUGAUAUCCCGUUGAAGCUCUGUGCAUGUUGUGCGAAACACUCAUAG